GGCAACUAAAGUACGAAAUCCGGAGUUUCUUUAGUCUAAAACACUGCCUCGUUUCAACGCUAAUGCAACCAAAUUUCCUCUUCAUUGUUCAAGAAAAUCAACUGACCAAAACAAUAAUAUUCCUCGUCUCCCUCAGUCCCUUCCUAUCUUCUACCCUCAAUUCUUCCCCCACACAGCACUGAUGAGGCACAGAAAAUUACAUCCAUUUACGAAAGGUAACGACACCAUUUCUUGUCCAGAGAUUUGCGGUUCAACAUGCCAGGAGGGUUGCUAUCCUUAUACAUACUCAAUACCUCCUCCGGCAACGGUGCCACCACCAAUAGCUCACAAUUCGUCAGCUAAACAAGGCCAUCACGUUUCCCCUCUUGUCAUAGUCUUAGGAACGUCGUUUGCUAGCUGCUUCCUUCUUGUCUGCUACUAUUUUAUAGUGGUCAAGUAUUUCUUGGCAUGUAAUCGUUCUAGGCCGCGGCAACAGCAGCGAGGAGCUGCUGAUGAAGAGUUCCUGAAUGAAAAUCGUGGCCCGGGCAUUGAUCAUCCCAUUUGGUACAUAAACACGAUUGGUCUACAGCCAUCAGUUAUUGAAGCUAUCACGAUUUUCAGGUACAAGAAAGGUGAUAACUUCAUCGAAGGGACUGAGUGCUCGGUUUGUUUGAAUGAGUUUCGAGAUGAUGAAACUCUUAGGUUGUUACCAAAAUGUAGCCAUGCCUUUCACGUUCCUUGCAUCGAUGCCUGGUUGAGGUCUCACACAAAUUGUCCCGUUUGUCGUGCUGGUAUUGUUUCCAGUGCCGCAGCUACUCCUGUGGUGGCUUCAGUUGGGAUUAAUUCUCAUAACAUGCGCCCGGGUGAAGCUUCCCAGGUGGAGAAUCCGGAAGAUGAUGAAGAAUUGAGUACUAAUCAUACAAGGGAAAAUGAAUUUCGUGAAAACGGGGGAGGUCCUACAGGGGAAAUCACUGAAUUUCCAGAGGUUCAUCAGGAUGGACGGGUUGUGGAAGCUGCAAAAUUUUGGGUAACUGAUGAUUCACACGAUAAAUCGAUGAUGGAGGGAGGGAAAUUUGAGAUGCAACCAAUGAGAAGGUCUGUUUCAGUGGAUUCUUUGUUGGCUGCAAAUAUCAAUGGUGCUGUUGCUAACAUGCGGUUGGCUGAAUUUGAGGAUACCCCAGUGGAUCAAGAUGUUGAGGCAGACCAUGUUUCUGGAGAGAGCGUCGUCGGUGAAAAUUCUAGGACGCCUAGGAUUAGCAAUGGGAGUUCUUCAAUUACACAAUUUCUGCAUAUGGGACCUGUUAGGAUGAAGAGAUCGUUUUCAUAUGCUGGGAGGUCAUUUUUAUCCAGGCAAAGUUCAAGAACCAACUCAUCACUUCCCUUGUGAAGAUGGCAUAUUCCUGAAGAAUUUUGGCUCAGUGCAAAACAGAGUGAUACCCAUUGGCUUGUAACACUAGCAAGAAAAGUACCGUACAAGAGCUGUUUACAAAUUCGCCAAUUUCAAGCUGCGGAAAAAGUUAGUCCAAAUUAUACCAAGAGGUGCUAAUAGCCCAUCACCUUCUUGCGUGGAGGAAAUCCAAUUUGCAAUUCAUUUCUUUCCUGCGAUGUAUUGGCAAGAACGCUGAUGAACGAUUAGGCUCAACUCUACCUGCAAGAUAAUCAACAAUGGUCUUGCCACCGUCACCAUUUAAUCAUACUUGAUUGAUGCAUUCUGAUACCGCGAAUAUCCCACCUCUUACUAGUCUCAAUCA